CCUGGAGAAAAUAUUUCUUUAAAAGGAUUCAAUCUAUACCGCAAGGAUGAUGAUAGCCACAACCGUGCCAGUGGAGGUGUGGCUAUUGUUGUUUCAAAUCACAUCCCAUCCUUGCCAGUACAAAUAACAACUGAUUUGCAAGCUGUGGCAGUCAGAAUUUCUAUUGGAGUAACUGUCACAGUUUGUUCUAUAUACUUGCCACCAGAUGUCAGAGUCAAUGAGGAUGAAUUAAAUGCAUUAGUUGAACAGCUGCCUACUCUAUUCCUUUUACUGGGUGAUUUUAAUGGCCAUAAUCCAAUGUGGGGCAGUCCGGACAUCAACCGCCGAGGUAUAGUCAUCGAAAGAUUUAUGGGCAAUCACCAACUAUAUUUAUUUAAUACUGGAGAAGUGACAUACUUCCAUGCCCCAACAAGAACAUUCACUGCCAUUGAUCUAUCAUUAGCAAGUCCAAACCUGUUUUCAGCAUUUUCAUGGGAGGUUGGAUGUAAUCUACUCUCUAGUAACCACUUCCCAAUAUUUCUAAAUUAUCGAGGCAGAGAAAGCUGUGAAACAGCUCGUCCACCAUGCUGGAAACUUGAAACGGCAGAUUGGCCUGCAUUUUCCUCUUUAGCUAGCAUCACUGAGGAAAUGGUCAAUACUGCUGAUAUCAAUGAUGCAGUUGAAGUUGUCACUUUGUGCAUUAUUCAGGCAGCUGAGAAAACAAUGGGAAAGACAUCAACAAGAUAUCCAAAGCAUCUGAAACCAUGGUGGAACCAGAAUUGCGAGGCAGCAUUUAAAGCACAAAAGAAAGCUUGGGGGAUUUUCAGAAGGUACCCCACUGCUGAAAAUUUGGUUGCUUUUAAAAAAGCAAAGGCAAAUGCCAGAAGAAUAAGAAGGCAAAGCCAAAGGGAUUCUUGGAGGAAGUAUGUUUCUAGCAUAACAUCUUCCACUAGCUCAAAAGCAGUCUGGGAUAAAAUC